GGCUUUAAACAUUUUGAAGUUUAUUUGAGAGGUCGUGAGGAACUUUUAUUGCUAGUUCACAUCGAUAGCAAACAAAAAUCAAAAAAGAUCACAGGCUACAACUCUCUGUCACUUGCCAAGUCUCAAAGCAAUGCCCUAUUUUCACCAAAGACGCGGCAAAUACUCAACAAUAUAUCAAGCUAUGCGGAUACGGAGCUUCCGCCAUUCAGUCCUUUAGACAAAGAGCUGGCAAUGGAUGAGUCUAAUCAUGUUUUUCUGAUAGCUGGAUAUCCAAAAUAUAAAU